AUGUCGCACUGCCAUGACGAACACCACGACCACAGCCAUGGCCACGAUCACGAUCAUGGGCAUGGGGGUCACGACCAUGGGGACCACGACCACUCGGACGACAUUACGCCGGCGCUCCAGUUCAGCCUGUACCAGCACAUACGGUUCGAGGAGGUUGAGGCGCUGAACGAGGCCGUCCGCGGUGCUGGCAAGGCCAUUGUCAAGAAGACAUGGGCCGAGAGGCUGCAGCCGGAGCCUGAGCUCGCGAGCGAUACAGAUGAGCAACUCAUUAUCAAGAUACCAUUCACAGGGCAGGUGAAGCUACACUCUGUCCUGCUCCGCUCGUCCGCAUCAUCAAGCGCGCCCCAUACGAUCAAGCUGUUUGCGAAUCGUAACAACGUGGACUUCGAGAUGGCAGAGCAGCUAUCAGCCACACAGACGUUGGAGCCGGCACAGACGUCAGACGUCCAGGAGCUACCGGUACGCCGCGCGCUUUUUAGCAAGGUGCAGCACUUGACGCUGUUCGUCGAGAAAAACUUCGGCGACGGCGAAGAGGACGUGACGCGGCUGAGCUAUCUCGGCUUCCGCGGCGAGUGGAUGCAGCUCGGGCGCGCCCCCGCCCAGAUCCUGUACGAGGCAGCGCCGAACCCGAGCGAUCACAAGCUCAAAGGUCGUCGUAGGCGUGCUCUUUUUGCCACUUCUUCUCCUGACGCUCCUUCAUCACUCGGGCUUCUUCCUUCUUCUACAGACACAGCAUACAUAGCAGCCGCAUUAAGCGGCACACAUCGAUCCCCCCGAGCCACGAUGGCAUCCCGGCUGCCAGUCCGCUGGGCAUCUAGUGCCGCCGCUCUAACAAAAAGCACCUCAGCGAGUCGUCCUCGAAUCCUCGUCACCUCCGAACGACACACCCUCCUCCUCCCGCGCACCGCAAAACGCGGCGUCAAGAUUGGCUGGUCGACACAGAACCCUCGCGUCAGGCCCCGACGUUUCAACCAAGAAACGGCCGGCCUACCUACGCUCACGGCCAGCCCCGCCGCGGCGCUGAAGCGCAAGGAGCAGUCAACCCCGGUGCGGACCGGUGUCUUGGCCACCAAGAAGGGCGUGUCGGCCAUGUUCAGCAGUAAGGGCAAGCGCAUACCCUGCACCAUCCUACAGAUGGACCAGGUCCAGGUCGUGGCGACGAAGACGCGGGCGAAGAACGGCUACUGGGCCGUCCAGAUCGGCUGCGGCCAGCGCGAGGCCGACAACGUCACCCUGCCGCAGCUCGGGUACUACGAGGCGCGAGGCAUCGCCCCCAAGUCUGACCUGGCCGAGUUCCGAGUGCGCGGCGAGGAAGGGCUGCUGCCCAUAGGCUUGCAGCUGCAGCCCGACUGGUUCAAGGUGGGCCAGUUCGUCGACGCGCGCAGCAACAGCCGCGGCAUGGGUUUCGCGGGUGGUAUGAAGCGGCACAACUUCUCCGGUCAAGAGGCGAGUCACGGAAACUCGCUCAACCACCGAACGAUCGGUACGACGGGUCCGAGCCAGGGCGGUGGUUCGCGUGUGCACCCAGGCAAGAAGAUGCCCGGGCGCAUGGGGAACGAGCAGGUGACGAUCCAGAACCUGCGCGUGCUCAAGGUCGAUAACAAGAUGGGCAUCGUCGUCAUCAACGGCCACGUGGCCGGGCCCAAGGGCUGCAUCGUCAAGCUCGCCGACGCCAUCAAGAAGCCGCCGCCGGUCCAGACCUUCGUCGACAAGGCGAGGCGGAUAACGCUCGAGCGCGAUCCGCUGUACGAGGAGCGGCUGCUGGCCGCGCAGGAGACGCAUGAGCAGCUGAAGAAGCUGCGGAGAGAGGGCAGGAUAGGGGACGCCGCGGCGCACCGUGGUUUCGAUUGUCUAGUGCAAACCAGACAGUACUAA